GUUUGACAUCGCAGCCAGCGAUGCCAUCACCACUGGGUCCUGUGAGAAUCUCGGCAUACAGUCUGGGAGACGCAUGUUGCGGACCCUGGACGAAUUGCUGGAGAUGGACCAGCUCAAGGUGGCCACGGCAGUCGGGUCCAGGAGCCGGCCUACCGAUCAUCCUCGGGCACGGCGGGAGCGUGCCGAGAAGGCGCUUCAACACCCGGACUGCUCCGCGAUCCUGAGACGGAAGCUCCAGGCCGGCUCCUCGCGGUGUGCAGAGGAAGACACGGCUUGGAACAUGUUGGAUGGAAUCCAUUGAAGCCAACAGCGAAGGGUCGUAGACGCCGACAAGACCCUCUGAGUGAGGAAGCAGGAUCAAGAGCAACUAUGACUUGAAAAAGCGUUGAGCCUGCAGUCCUGCGCGCGGCAAAUGUAUCGAUGAAGGGAUCAGUGAAGAUUGAACAUGAC